AUGGAGCAGUUACUGACUUUAUAUCGUGCCAGUGGCGAUAAUAUCAACCCAACCAUUAUUGUGGAUCUAAUAAACCGAAGUCUGGCUUUGCCCGGUGUUUACACACUAGUUGAAUUUGAUGAUUUGAUUCGAGCACGAGUGGAGUCUAGUGCCAAUCUCAAGGCUGAUAGGUCUAUCGCGAACCAUCUCGAGCUAUUAGAUAUAUUCGUUUACGGAACAUGGGCAGAAUAUAUUGGCAAAUCAGAUACCUUGCCAAAAUUAACCAAGCCACAGGCCACGAAAUUGAAGCAAUUGAGUCUGGCAAUCCUAGGUGCUUCAUCAAAUGUUCUUAGUUUCGAUACAAUUGCCAAGCAGCUUGAUUUAAGCGAGUCGGAGAUUGAAAAGUUCCUUAUUGAUUGUAUUUACAGUGAUGUCUGUGUCGGGCUGAUUGAUAGUAAGAAUCGUAGAUUUGAAAUCAAGUCAGUGAUUGCAAGAGAUGUAAGUAGCCAAAGGCUGGCAGAGCUAGAAUCUCUUCUAGAUAAACAUAUUCAGCAGACUAGCUAUAUCAUAUCCGAAAACAAAACGGCUGCUUCUCUUUUAAAAGAGCAGGCUGGAGAACGACAUAUCCAAGUGCAAGACUAUCGAAAAGGAGUGGCCAAUGCGUUUCCUAAGUCCACCACACAUGGCCGUGGACCAUCUUUUUGA